CCAGCAGCACUGGUUGCUAUGAUGACAGAACUUCAUUGAAUAAUACGUAAACCAGUGAAUAGAAGUGCCAAAGAAAGGUGUUGAUAAAGUACAUUCUUGUGUUGCUUUGUCCAGCACUGGCCCUCUCCGUCGAUCUGAACCAGGAAUUCCAUUUUUACAUUCCUUUCAACUGAUACAAUUGCAAUGUGCUGCAGUGAUUCCCAAGUGAGAACACAGCCAUUUGUCACUCAGCAUCUGAGCACCGUCAGUGACACCGCCGGGAAAGGUCUAUACUGGUCCAAAUGGCACUCAUCCUGCAUGUGACAUCUUUUUUUCUCAUUCUGACUAAGCUCACCAUUGGCCAGAGAGAAGUAACAGUUCAGAAAGGACCGCUGUUCAGAGCUGAAGGUUACCCUGUCAGCAUCGGCUGCAAUGUAACUGGCUACCAGGGACCUUCUGAGCAGCAUUUCCAGUGGUCUGUUUACCUGCCGACAGCCCCGGCCCAAGAAAUCCAGAUCAUUAGCACCCUGGAUGCCACCUUUUCUUACGCAGUGUAUGCACAGCGGGUGCGGAGCAGGGAAAUCUACGUGGAGAGGGUCCGGGGUAACUCGAUCUUUCUGCACAUCUCAAAGCUCCAGAUGAAGGAUUCCGGCGAGUAUGAGUGUCACACACCCAACACUGAUGAAAGAUACUAUGGCAGUUACAGUGCGAAGACUAAUCUCAUUGUUAUUCCAGAUACCCUCUCUGUUGCCAUGACUCCCCAGACUCUCAGUAAGGAGGAAGGUGAGCCAUUAGAACUUACCUGCGAGGCAUCCAAAGCCACAGCUCAGCAUACCCACCUCUCCGUCACCUGGUACCUGAUGCAGGAUGGAGAAAGAAGCCAAGCCAGCAAGAUUAUUUCCCUCUCCAAAGAUUUUAUGUUGAUCCCUGGACUCUCAUACACAGAGAGGUUUGCAGCCGGGGACGUGCGGCUCGACAAGCUUGGGGUCGCCACCUUCAGGCUGUCCAUAGGGAGGCUCCGGCCCGCUGAUCAAGGCCAGCUGUUCUGUGAGGCAACUGAAUGGAUUCAGGAUCCAGACGAAACCUGGACUUUCAUCACGAAAAAGCAGACAGAUCAAACAACUCUGAGGAUCCAGCCGGCAGUGAGAGAUUUUCACGUCAACAUUACGGCUGAGAGCACGGUUCCUGAAGGGAAACCCUUGGAACUGAUUUGCCUGGUCGUGGGCGGCGGCCAGAACCCGCAGCUUCAGGGCACUUGGUUCUUCAAUAAUAUUGAAACGGCCCGCCUUGAUGCCGGUGGAGUUCUGGGCCUGAAGAAAGACUACCAAGAAAGAGCAAAUCAGGGGCAGCUCCAGGUUUCAAAGUUAAGCCCCAGGGCUUUCUCUCUCAAGAUCUUCUCUGUGGGCCCAGAGGACGAAGGUGCCUACAGAUGUGCAGUGGCAGAGGUGACAAGAGCUCAGAUGGGCCCCUGGCAGGUGCUUCAGAGCAAGCAGUCACCGGACAGCCUCGUGCACCUGAGGAAGCCAGCAGCAAGAAACGUGGUUGUGUCUACCAAGAACAAGCAGCAAGCGGUGUGGGAGGGAGAGACGUUAACCCUUUUCUGCAAGGCAGAUGGGGCUGAAAGUCCCCUGUCCGUGACCUGGUGGCACGUCCCACAAGACCAGACACAGCCAGAGUUUGUGGCUGGCAUGGGGCAGGAUGGCACCGUGCAGCUGGGUGCCUCCUACGGCGAGCUCGAUAACCCCAGCAACACAAGGCUGGAGAAAAUGGACUGGGCCAGCUUCCAGCUGAAGAUCACCUCCACCACCGUCACAGACAGCGGCACGUACGAGUGCAGGGUGUCUGAGAGGACCCGGAACCAGGGCAGAGAACUGAACUGGACUCAGAAGAUAUCAGUCACUGUGAAACCUCUGAAGUCAAGUUUGCAAGUUAAUCUGUUGAGUCGUCAACCACAAGUGAAAUUAACAAACACCUUCGACCUGUCCUGCGUCGUGAGGGCUGGCUACCCUGACCUCAAGGUUCCACUCACUGUGAUGUGGCAGUUCCAGCCAGCUGGGUCUCGAGACUUUGAUCUGCUUGUUCGAAUUGCCCAUAAUGGCACAAUCGAAUGGGGGGACUUCCUACCCCAGUUCCAAAAGAAGACGAAGGUUUCACAGUCUUCGUUUCUUUCUCAACUCCUAAUCCAUGAUGCCACCGAGGAGGAAGCAGGGGUUUAUCAGUGUAAAGUAGAAGUUUAUGGUGGACAUUGUCUUCACACAAACGGCCCCUCGAGGGCUUCUGCCGUCUCACACCCCCUGAGGAUAGCCGUCACUCUACCAGAGAGCAAGCUGGAAGUGAAUUCAAGCAGUCAAGUCCAAGAGAUCUCCAUCAACUCUAACACUGACAUAGAAUGUAGCAUCUUGUCCCAGUCCACUGGCAACCUCCAGUUAGCCAUUAUUUGGUACUUCCAUCCCAUUUCCACUGAUGCAUCCUGGCUGAAGAUCCUGGAAAUGGACCGAACCAAUGUUGUCAAAUAUGGGGACGAAUUUCAGAGCCCACGGAGAAAACAAAAAUUCCAUGCCGAGAGAGUUUCCCAAGGCUUGUUUCAGCUGCACCUUCUGAACGUGGAAGACAGCGAUCAGGGCAAAUACUACUGCGCUGUGAGGGAAUGGCUCCGGUCCGCAAACAGCACUUGGCACCAGCUUGGAGAAAAGCAGUCAGGUCUAACGGAAUUGAAACUCAGGCCCACAGGAAGCAAGGUACGUGUCUCCAAAGUGUACUGGACAGAAAAUGCCACUGAGCACAGAGAGGCGGCCAUCCGCUGCAGCCUGGAGAGUGCUGGCAGCCCAGCCUCCCUGUUCUCUGCGACGUGGUACCGGAACAGAGGAAAUCCUGCAAGUGAGAUGCUGGUGCACCUGCAGCAGGACGGCUCACUGGAGUACGGUGAAGAGGGGCUCAGGAGGCGCCUGCUCUCAUACCGUUCAUCCCCUACAGACUUUGUCCUGCAGUUUCAGCGGGUGGAGAUGGAGGAUGCGGGCAUGUACUGGUGCAAGGUGGCAGAGUGGCAGCUACAUGGCAACCCAAGCAAGUGGGUCGCCCAAGCGUCAGAUGAGUCACAGCCUGUGGUGCUCACGGUGCUGCCUUCAGAGCCAACAUUGCCUUCCAGGAUCUGCUCGUCAGCACCUCUGCUCUAUUUCCUCGUCAUCUGCCCCUUCGUGAUGCUCUUUCUUCUGCUCAUUUCCCUCCUCUGCUUAUGCUGGAAGUCCAGGAAGUUAUCCACGCUGAGUCUAAACGCGCAGAAAGAAAAGGACCUCUGGGUGGGCUUGAAAGGGGCUGGAGGCAGGACCACAAACAGGACGGAAGAGGAUGAUGAAGACAGUUGAAUCCCCAGAGGCACCUGCAGUCCUUUGGAAAGAGUGUGGGCUUUGGAACUGGCCUGACCAGGAUAUGAGUGACCCCCUGGUUCUGUCCUCUGUGUCUGGCCUGGGGCAAGUUCCCGAGGACUCAGAGGGAACAUUCGUUGAGCGCGUAUGUAGUGCCGGGCACCGUUAAUUGUUUCUUCCUGUGUUACCUCGCCUACCCCUCGCACCCCCCCAGGAGCCAGGUGGCACCGUUACCCGGUACCUGUUUCACACUUACCGUAUCUCCCAAGGCUCAGGCUCCUGUCUGUGAGGAGAGGAGCCCCUCCCUCACCCAGUGCUGGGGAUUAAAUGAGAUCCCUGGGCAAAACCCCAGGCAAGGCUGCCCUCUGCUCGCCUCUCUUGUGUCUCUGAUUCCCUGGAGAACACUCAGGGUCCAGCCACACUGGCUUUAAGUAAUCUUCUGCCUCCGGAUAAGAGGCCGAGGGAAGGAUCUGAUGUCAGCAAGGCAAAAGGAGUUGAGAAUGUGCCCUUCAUUUAUGUCAGAUCUGCCUCCCAACCAGACUGUGACUUCCUGCAAGGCAGAAAUCCCAUUCUGUCCUCCUUUCAUCUCCAGCCCAUUAUAAAUGCCACUCAAGGGCCAGUUCUGCACAGUAGAUGUUUAAUCAACAUUAGUUCUUGAACGAAAUGAUAAAGCAUUUUGUAGCCUGA